UCUUGGUAUCGUCUCAGUACCCGACACCAAACACAACAGCUGAAGAAAGGAAUAAAAGUCAUAUCAUACUGUUGUUUGAUGACCGGGGACAUGUUAAAAACACAGUCACUGUAAACCUUUAGUUUCAUCUCAUAACAUUUUUUACAGCUGAUGAAAGUGAGAAAGCUGAAAACUCCUUAGUUCAGUGUCAAACAAAUCUUGUCUGACACUGAACUGGGCACUGAACACUGAAGAAAUGUCCAACCUGCAUCGUUCCCAUUUAGAUUAUAACUAAUGAUAAUUAGAUUAUUGUCAUCAAGACUUUUAGAUUAUUAUUAUUUUUAAAUCUACACUUGGUCAAACUCAUCUUAAUUAUUAUCUGUAUGAUAAGUGUAUGAGUCCCUCAAGUGGAAAUUCACUAGAUUUAUCGUGACAGCCGUUACAAACACUGCGGAUGCUGUGGUUUCAGUCAGGACAGAGCACAAUGACCUCUUUGUCUCUGCUGCCGUCAGUGGGAAAAGGAAACAUCUCAGCUUUUCAUGUUGCUGAACACAGAUGUUGUUUAACAUUUAAUAAAGCAGCGAGUGGAGGUUGGACCUGACUGUUGAUUUGGAGUUAAUGAUUGGCUGUGACACAUCCGUGUCCUCACACUCCAGUUAGUCCUAUUGAUUGAGGCUUGUUUUGGAAGUCAAGUGUCAUAUUUGCUGACUGAGUUCACCAUUUUACACUUAGAGAAGCUCAUGUGAAGCUUUACUGUAUUUGUGGGCUGUGUUCUGUUCGCUCCUCGCGCUGGAGGCGUGUCUCUGUGGAUUUUCGCUGUUACAAAGAUAUCUCACCAGGUCAGAUGCCGCUGUAAACCAGUUUCGGCAGAAAGCAGAACACUCCUCUCCUGCCUCGAUCUUUGCCUCGGUGACUAAACCUGAGGCAGGGCUCCUUUGUUUCGCUCACAGGGAAACCACCACAACGCGCCGAGUCGUGCUCCCUCAAGGAGAGGAGCGCGCUUCAGCAUGGCCUCGGCUGGGAAACAGACUCUGGCCGUGGCCCUGGCCGUCCUGGGCUUCGUGGGCAGCAUCAUCGUGUGCGGACUCCCCAUGUGGACGGUCUCGGCCUUCGUCGGCGCCAACAUCGUGACCUCUCAGACGACCUGGGAAGGUCUUUGGAUGAACUGCGUGACCCAGAGCACAGGGCAGAUGCAGUGUAAAAUCUACGACUCCUUCCUGGCCCUCCCUGCGGAGCUGCAGGCCGCCCGGGCGUUCAGCGUCGCCGCCGUCAUCGCCGGCCUCCUCGGGGUCGUCCUCGCCGUCGCCGGGGCCAAGUGCACCACCUUCAUCGGGGACGAAACGCAGAAGUGCCGAGCGGCCAUCGCCGCCGGGGCCGUCCUGCUCGUCUCCGGGCUCCUGGUGCUCGUGCCCGUGUGCUGGACCGCCACCGCCGUGGUGCGGAACUUCUACAGCGGCGCCACGGCCGACGCUCAGAGGAGGGAGCUGGGGCCGGCGCUGUACGUGGGGUGGGGGGUCGCGGUGGGGCUGGUGCUGAGCGGGGGGCUGCUGUGCACGUCCUGCCCCCGCGGCGACGACGACCACUACGACGUGGAGUACGCCAAAGCCCGCUCUGUGGGCGCCAGCGGGGACAGCGUGUGAAGCGACGCCAUUAUUUGAGCUGAACACAACAAAAACGACAGCCUGGAACUUUAGCUAAAGUCAAUGCUUUAGAGUGUGUUUGUCUGUUUGUUAUUUAUUAGUUCUUCAUACACAUGACUGACAUGUUUAGGCUUGAGAACACAAUGUAUACAGUGUAUAUGUUAAUUAAACUUUGUGUUCAAGUCUUUGGCUGCUCUUUUAUAUUAUAUUGGUGUAGACUCACAUUUGACCACGUUUAUCAUGUUCAGUUCAGUUUCUGUUGUAUUGUACAAUAUUACACUCAAAUUACAAUCACGAGACACAUGACAAUGUCAAAUAAUGCAUGUAUGACUGUCUAAAUUUAUUUUAGUUCUUUAUAUUUAAAAAGUAAUAGUAUUGUGUAAUAUAUGUAUAUAUUAUAUAUAUAUGUGUAUAAUGUAUAUUGUAAAUGUGGUAUCUCUUCAUUACAAAUAAUAAAAGGCAAAUGAAACAAUGACUAAUACA